AGUGAAAAUUCCCACAACCUUUUUUCUCAUAGCUGGGGAUUCCUUACCCAGUCACCAUGGGCACCUCAGAAACUUUCCAAGCCCUGGAAGCCUUCGAAGCCAGACACGAUGACAUUGUGCUAGCAUCCUACCCAAAGUGCGGUUCAAAUUGGAUUCUCCACAUUGUCAGUGAAUUAAUAUUUGCUGUUUCUAACAAAAAGUAUGAAUAUCCAGAAUUCCCAGUUCUUGAAUGUGGAGAUUCAGAGAAAUAUCAGAGAAUGAAACAGUUUCCAUCACCAAGGAUUUUGGCAACUCACCUCCAUUAUGACAAACUACCUGGGUCCAUCUUCAAGAAUAAAGCCAAGGAUGUGGGCCUUUAA